AUCAGCAACACGGUUGUUAUCCAAGGGAUAGCAACGAACCGUUCCCCCCAGAAAUUAGCUCGCUAGCUGUGUCUGCUCCAUUAACAAUGAAAACUCAUCUGUUGGUUGCUCGUUUUAUCUUAUUUAAAGUUUGUCCAUAACUCUACUGCUCUCUCGGUGUAUAUUUGUCCUCGACAUGAACCUUGGAGAUGGUUUGCUGUUUGAACUUGAAAAUGGAAAACCCAGACUGAUCUUACUGGCGCAUGCCGGUGUUGGGAAAAAUCCAUCAAAGAAGCUGCCCAGCAAGCACAGAGCCGCUAACAUCCUCAGCGCCAAGCAGCCGUCCUGCGUGGAGGAGGUGCAGCGGGAGGAGGUGCAGCCGAAGGAGCGUCCGCCUCAGCGCAGUCAGAGGGAGGCCCGGCUCAAAGCAGGACGGCCAGCUCUGUCCUGCAGCUCCAGCGUCACCACCAGUGAUGGCAGAGCCACCGUCCUGCCCUCAUCCAAGGCUCAGGGCCAUCACGCAGAGCGAGGCAGCAGAGCCGCGGCUAAGGUGAAAACAAACAAACACAAGAUCAGCACCGGCGUCGGACCUCAGGGCGGCUCUGGGAGAGCAGGACCGCCUCCAAACCCGGAGGAUGGAGGAGGGAGGAGGGCAGGGCAGAAGCUUGUGCUGACCGGUGUGGAUGCAAGCCUGAAGGACGGCGUGGUGUGCCUAACGAGGGAACAGCUGCGUCAGAUCCUAAGCUCGAUCCAGACGGCCGGCCACGGCCAGCCGGGUCCACAGGAGCAGACGGCACAAGGAGGCCAACCCGACACCGACCCGGACUCCUCUGUGAACGGAGGAGAAGAAAGAGAAGUAAAGGAGGAUGAUAAAGGGGAAGCGGAAGGAAGAGCUGAUGAUGCAUGUGGCAGGUUGCCUCGAUCUUCGUUCACGUGGCUCCAGGAGCUUCAGUCAGACAGCAGAGCCGCCCUCAACGCUAAGAAGGCUCAGUGGAAACGAGAACUUGAUGAGCAAGUUGCCCUGAAGCAGCAGCAGCAGCAGCAUUCAGCUCCCAGCAGACUGCAGGGUGAGGAAUACGCAGAGAGCACCUCAUCCGUCGGCCACCGAGAGCCGCCCGCAGCCAUCCGCUCCAGCCUCAGACUCGGGGAGGUCGCACCGAUGGAGGAGGCGUUGGGCGCCGAGAGGAAAGAGCAGCAGAGGAGGCGCUGGCUGGAGGAGCUGGACCGUCAGAGGGAAGAGACGGCCGAGCGACGGAAACGGGAGAAAGCGCUGCGGCGACAGACGGAGGACCACGAGCUCUGGGCGGCGCACUUCGACUCGCUCCAGCGCAGGGCUCCGGCUCCAUCAGCGCCGCCUCCGGGUCGGCUCAGCGGCUCGGAGCGAGAGGACUGGGAGCCGUCGUCCAGCCUGUCGCUGGCCUGGGAGGCGGCCAGCAGCUGCGGAGCGGAGAGUGUCCUCGGAGCCAGCGUGGACUCCACGAGAGGACAUACCGCCAGAACCAGCUAUCUGAGGACCAUGACGUCCCUGCUGGACCCUGCACAGAUAGAGGAGAGAGAGAGGAGGAGGCUGAAACAGCUGGAGCAGCAGAGAGCCAUUGAGGCCCAGAUGGAGGAACGCAAGAAGCAGAAGGAGGAGGAGGAGGCAAAAAGGAGACGGGAGGAAGAAGAGGAAGAGAAGAGGGUUGCACAAGAGAGGGAGAAGCUGCAGCAGCAGUACGAGCUGGAGCUGCUGAAGAGGAAGGAGAAGGUGGAGCCGCCAGAGGAAAGCAUCGGUGACGGCGAGCCAGAGGAGACACCCGAGUCCAUAACAGUUACCAGGCGGACCAGAUGUCCGGAGAACGGCAGCAGCUUGUCUUCCUUAUAUAAAGACACGUUUGUUCAGACAGAGGACACCCCUCCUCCUCCUCCUCCUCCUGCCUGCCCACCCACAGCAGAGAGACUUCAGACCGCUGACGUCUCCGCGCAGAGCCACCCGCCUCCCCCUGGAUCUGCUGAGCCUCCUAACGGCAGGAGACGCACGGCCAGAGCAGGCAAGGAGAACAUCUGUCUGCCGACGGGAGAGGACCCGUACGAGCCGUUCGCCAGGACGAAGACCAAGAGGAGGCCCGAGUGGAACACGCAAAGGCCCAGCCGGCGCUUCGUCCCCGCCUCGGAGCGCUACCCGGUCGCCCUGCAGAAGAACCGACAGGAGAGCCGGCUGAGGAGGCAGGCUGAGCUCCUGGCUCUGCAGGAGAGGACCCGUCUGCCCAGAACAGAACCUCCCCCCCAGCUCCAGGAGACGCGUCUCGGCCCCGACGGCCAGCAGAGGAGCACCAGCCCCGUUAAGAAGGAGGAAUCUGGGUCCAGAGGACGCAGCGACCGCCAGACGGCCACCAGCGCCGACCGGGGGCGCUCUCCUCCUGCCCCUGCCAUCAGACCUGCAGUCCGGACUCAGCAGGCUUCCAGUUCCCCUCCUCCUGCGCUGGAGUUCAUUCCUUACCUUCGGACCGACGAGGUCUUCAGCCUGGACCCCCUGGAGCCCGCCGCUACGCCGCCACCCAAGACACACUCAGGUCCUCCUCCCGAGGGUUCGGCGCCUCCUCCUGUCCCCUCGCACCGAGACCCGCUCCUCCACCCGGAGAUGAUGCGCAGCUCCCAGCGACAGCAGGACAUCCUGAGGGGCCUGGCUCAGCUUCGGCAGGGUCUGUUACGGAAGCAGAGGGAGCUGGAGACGGACCUGAAUCCUCUCAGGAGUCGCCACGACAACGAGCAGCGCGGCGCCCCCGCGGCUCGCCGCACAUGACGGCGCCGGUGACCCGCCGGACCGUGGCAGGAGGCGUGGAGGCGCUAACGAACAGAACCUAAAUGCAGUUUUUAAAUCAGCUUCCUGCCUGUUUGCAGUCUUUCGUGAAGGUAAAAGCAAAGCAGCGUUUUGAAUUAACAAUCAGAAUCAGAACUUCACCGCUUUUCGGAUCAUGGGUGCGUAGACAAGACUCGGGAGCUUCCUCCAUCAGACACCGACCCGUCUCCAGAACGGCUCCAGCUCAGGUUUCUCUUAACCCGCCGGCACCAGAACGCUGCUGGACCGGUUUGGUUCCUGCUGAACGACCAGCGCCAAGUUCCUAAAUGUGCAGUUUAGAUUUUAUUUAUUGGAAAUGUAAUAAAUUAUGUGGUUUGUUGAUGACUGAUUAAAUUAAAGUUGUUUUUCUUUUUUUUCUGUGA